GAGUGAAUUAGAUAAUAUUAGAAGUUUGUUUAAAAAGACGUGUGCUUUAUUAAAAGUGGACGCGUUUUAUCCCGAAUUAGAUAAUUUAUCAUUUUAAAAAAUGCAAGAAAUUAAACUUCAAAUUGAUAAGAUUUUAGUUUAUUUAAAAGAAUAUUAUCCUCUAAUUAGUUGUCAUAUGGUUAAUUAUUUCAAUAAAAACCUUUAUGAAAAUUGCACCCCAAACGAAUUAAAAUUAGAAUUUAAUCAAAACGAAUUCGAUUUUUACGAUGCCAUAACAAACCAUGAUUUAGCCCCAAAUUUAUUUAAAUUCACCCAAAAUUGCAAACAAUUCCUUUUAUACAACGGCAAUAUUUGUAUCAACAUAAACGAUUUUCAUAAUAAAUUUGAUAAAACACCUCAAAACGAUUUAAAACUCGAUGUAUUUAUGAAAAAUAAAAAAUCACAUGAAGUCACAAUUUUGAGUUCAGUCGCUUUUAAAUUAAAAUUAAUCGGAAAUACUUCCCAUAUCAUCGAUUUAGGUGAUGGAAAAGGUUAUUUAAGCUCAUUAUUAGCGUUUCAUUACAAAACUCCAAUUUUAGGAAUUGAUUCGUCGGAGACAAACACAAACGGGGCCAAAAAACGAGCUGAAAAAUUAAGUAAAAAUUGGGAUGGAAUCGUAAAAAAUCAAAAACGAACUGUUUUAACACCAAGGGAACGUAAAACGAAUGAAAAUUCAGACCUUUAUAAACAAAUUACUCAAUUUGUGGAUGAAAAUACAAAUUUAAAUGAAUUAAUCGAAACUGUUUUUGAUGCUAAACCCGAAGGAAUUUCAUUAAUCGGUUUGCAUACUUGUGGGCAUUUAGCUGUUUCUUCUUUAAACAUAUUUGUUAAAAAUUUAAAUGUUAAAACAAUUUGUAAUGUAAGUUGUUGCUAUCAUUUUCUAGAAGAACAAUUUGAGUCCGAUUCUAAAUUAAUCGGUUUCCCGAUGAGUGAUUAUCUAAAAUCCGUCGAUUUUAAACUAGGAAGACCAGCUAGAAUGUUAUCUGCACAAUCAAUCGAUCGAAUCUUAUCAAAAAAAUUACCCCCAAGCAAUACAAUUUUUUACCGAGCUAUUUUAGAAGUGAUUUUUGAUCGAUUUUUCCCCGAUUUAACCGAUAGGAAUGUUGGCAGAUCAAAACGUGAUUUUAAUUCGUUUGGGGAUUACGUUAAAGAGUCAUUUAAACGAUUAGAAUUAGAUCAUAGCUUUUUAAACGAUGCAGAUAUCGAGGAGGUUUUUAAUUUAUUUGUGAAUAGAGAGAAGGAAUUGUAUUUUUUUACUUUAUUAAGAGCAUUUAUGGCCCCCGCUAUUGAAUCUUUGAUUUUAUUGGAUCGAUUACUUUAUUUAAAAGAAAAUGGGGUUGAAAAUUCGUUUUUAACGCAUUUAUUUGAUCCGGUUGUAUCACCGAGAUGUUAUGGAAUUAUUGCUUUUAAAUAAAUAAAGCUUCCAAGACAA